CCCUGGAUCCUACGGCCGAAUAUAGUCUCUUCGAGCGUCUACGGAAGUUGAGGGGUAACAAGACCAUGAUAUUUUCCACUCACCGGUUUGGAAAUCUCACCCGACAUGCGGACCUCAUUUUGUACAUCGACGAAACUGUCCAGGAAGAAGGGACGCACGAUGAACUCAUGAAGAAAGGGGGAGAGUAUGCUCGUAUUUGGAAUCUGCAAGCGAAAUCUUUCAUUUAACGACCGGAUACAGAGACCACAACAAUAUCCCGGAUU